AUGCCAAUUGGAGUACCAAAGGUUGCUUAUCGUCUACCGGGUGAAUCCACACCUCAAUGGGUCGAUUUGUACAACCGUUUAUAUCGUGAGCGUGUGUUAUUCCUCGGCUCUGGACUUGAUGAUGAGUUAGCCAACCAGUUGAAUGGUAUCAUGCUUUAUUUAAGUGCUGAAGAUGCUAGUCGUUCAUUAUUCUUAUAUAUUAAUUCACCAGGUGGUUCAGUAACAGCUGGUUUAUCAGUUUUUGAUAUUAUGAAUUAUGUGCAAGCUUCUGUUACUACUAUCGGUAUUGGAUUUGCUGCUUCUAUGGCGUCUUUUAUCUUAGCCGGUGGAGAACGUGGAAGUCGUAUUGCUUUACCUCAUUGUCGUGUAAUGAUUCACCAACCACAAGGUGGUAUGGAAGGACAAGCUUCUGAAGUCGUUCUUGAGAAAGAAGAAAUUGUUCGCCUCCGUCGUUUAAUUGGUCGUUUGUACGUGGAUUUAACUGGUCAACCAUUAUCGACUAUCGCCAAUGAUUUAGAUCGAGAUAAAUAUUUAUCUGCACGUGAGGCACGUGAAUAUGGCUUAGUUGAUUUAGUAGCAACAACUGAAACAGCUACUGUUUAA